CAGCAGAUCGGAUUACAAGAUGGCGGUCGGUGGAUGAGAGAGAACGGCCGCCGGAGAUCAAACUCGUCUGGACGCUGUUUUUGAACACGGUCCUUUUUUUAGAUAGGGGAGGAAGGAAACUGUAACCGUGAUAGAUACUGAAGAAGUGCGUUUUUGUAAGUGUGAGCGGGAACAUGCGGUUGAUCAGAGAGUUUGAAGUCCGCGGUUGAGAAAAACAGGAGAAAAAACAACAGCAGUGUUCUCGGAGCCGCUUCAUCGUCACCGACAAUGUCGGACACCAGACGGCGUGUGAAGGUUUACACGCUAAACGAAGACCGGCAGUGGGACGACAGAGGGACGGGACACGUCUCUUCCACCUACGUGGAAAGAUUAAAAGGAAUAUCGCUGCUGGUUCGGGCUGAAUCCGACGGCUCACUUCUGCUGGAGUCAAAAAUCAGCCCAAAUACUGCAUAUCAAAAACAACAGGAUACCCUUAUUGUUUGGUCCGAGGCAGAAAAUUAUGAUCUUGCCCUGAGUUUCCAGGAAAAGGCGGGUUGCGAUGAAAUCUGGGAGAAGAUCUGUCAGGUACAAGGAAAAGAUCCCUCCUUGGAGAUCACUCAGGACCCCAUUGAUGAAUCCGAGGAAGAGCGCUUUGAGGAGAUGCCAGAGACCAGCCACUUGGUGGAGCUACCCGCCUGCGAGCUGGCUCGUCUGGAGGAGAUAGCUGACCUGGUGACCUCUGUGCUCUCUUCACCCAUCCGUCGGGAAAAGCUGGCGCUGGCGCUCAUGAGUGAAGGCUACAUCAAGAAGCUCCUUCAGCUUUUCAGGACGUGCGAAGACCUGGACAACCGGGAGGGCCUGCACCAUCUUUAUGAGAUCGUACGUGGCGUUCUCUUCCUCAACAAGGCCACCUUGUUCGAAGUCAUGUUCUCUGACGACUGCAUCAUGGACGUUGUGGGCUGCCUUGAGUACGACCCAGCCCUGGUUCAGCCCAAGAGGCACCGGGAGUUUCUCACCAAGACGGCCAAAUUCAAGGAGGUCAUCCCCAUCACGGACUCAGAACUUAGGCAGAAGAUUCACCAGACAUAUCGGGUGCAGUACAUUCAAGAUAUCAUCCUGCCCACGCCAUCCGUCUUCGAAGAGAACUUCCUUUCCACGCUCACGUCAUUUAUCUUUUUCAACAAGGUGGAAAUAGUUAGCAUGCUUCAGGAAGAUGAGAAGUUUCUCACUGAAGUGUUCGCUCAGCUCACAGAUGAAGCAACAGAGGAAGGGAAAAGGAGGGAGCUGGUCAACUUUUUUAAAGAGUUUUGUGCUUUUUCACAAACACUGCAACCUCAGAAUAGGGACGCUUUCUUCAAAACAUUAGCGAAUCUAGGAAUUCUUCCUGCGCUGGAAAUCAUUAUGGGUAUGGACGACCUCCAGGUGAGAGCUGCAGCCACUGAUAUUUUCUCGUAUCUGGUGGAGUUUAGUCCUUCCAUGGUCCGAGAGUUUGUAAUGCAGGAGCCUCAGCAGGCAGAUGAUGAUGAUGUUCUGCUGAUAAACCUGGUGAUAAAGCAAAUGAUCUGCGACUCAGACCCUGAGCUGGGCGGCGCGGUACAGCUCAUGGGGCUGCUCCGAACCCUCAUCGACCCUGAGAACAUGCUGGCACCCACCAAUAAAACAGAAAAGACUGAAUUCCUCAGCUUUUUCUACAAGUACUGCAUGCAUGUUCUCACAGCCCCAUUGCUGGCCAAUACAGCAGAGGAGAGAAAGGAUUUGCCAGAGGGAUCUACAAAGGGCAUUCCAGUUUGUCCAGACAAUUUUCAGACGGCUCAGCUGUUGGCUCUGAUACUGGAGCUGCUGACCUUCUGCGUAGAGCACCAUACUUACCACAUAAAGAACUACAUAAUGAAUAAAGACCUACUGCGGAGAGUGCUGGUGCUUAUGAACUCCAAGCACACCUUCCUGGCACUAUGUGCCUUGCGGUUCAUGAGGAGAAUAAUAGGACUAAAGGAUGAGUAUUAUAACCGCUACAUCAUUAAAGGGAACCUAUUUGAGCCAGUCAUUAAUGCUUUGUUGGACAACGGGACAAGAUAUAAUCUUCUCAACUCAGCCAUCAUAGAAUUAUUUGAAUUCAUCAAAGUGGAGGACAUAAAAUCGCUCAUCGCUCACAUAGUGGACAACUUCUACAAAGCACUUGAAUCCAUCGAGUAUGUUCAAACGUUCAAAGGCCUGAAGGGCCGUUACGAGCAGGAAAAAGAUAGACAGAGCCGGGGGCUCAGCAGAUACCGUCGUGAUGCUCGGACUCUGGAAGAUGAUGAAGAAAUGUGGUUUAAUGAAGAUGAGGAUGAAGACGACGCAGACGCAGGGGUUGAGAAGAGAGUCGACGAAGACUUUCCAGAGGCUUAUGGAAAGUAUAUGGGGGCAAAGAAAGUUAAAGAAAGUGAGGACAAAGAGAACCUUCCAAAGCGGACACCAACAGGCAGCUUUAAGUUUACCUUCUCUCAUUCUGCAGGGGCUGCCAAUGGAACCAAUGGUGCCAGCAGCAAACCAGCCCCAUCUGCCUCACCUGCCAGUCCGAAUGGCUCCUCAGGCAAGGCAGCAGCAGCACUGCCCUCUACCCCAGUGGUGAAGGCCGGACUGGUUGGCCUCGUGGACUACCCAGACGACGAAGAUGAAGAAGAUGAAGAAGAGGAGGACGAUGAGGAGGAAAUGUCUCCGAGGAAAAGACCCCGGCUGGGCUCGUAAACCACAGCUGCAGUCCUCCACUCCAAUGUUCCAUGGUGCCACUGAGUCCCAAUGUCAUGGGCUUAGGGACCCGACCCAACCCAAACACCCCUCACCCCCCUCUACCCCAGCUCUACCUUUUGCUCCCACACAAGAAUCACCAGACUUUGAGCAGCAGAGGAGUGGACCCUUUGCCAAGGUCAUUCGAACCUGUCCAUUUUUCUUCACCUCCACACAAUCCUGUUGUACCAGGUUGUACCAGCAGGGGUGCUGAACUUCAUCACAACUGCAUUUUUCCCCACCAGUGGGGCAGGGGAUAACAUGAGAGCCAGUCAGCCUAGCAGGACUAGCCACUUAGUAUUGGAAGCUUGAUCGGCAGAGCCUACCGAGCCAUGCGUCUUUUCCUAAUCUUGAUCCAACUUGGGUGGAGGGAACAAGGUUAAAUGGGGAGGACAAAACACAAUAACAGACAUGGGUCUAAACAGCAGAACUCGUCAUAGUCCUUGACUUGAAGCUCAAGUUCGGAUGUUUGAAAUCUUGUAUUCAUGAGUUUAUUACGAGUAGUGUACAGCUGUAUUUUUUUCCCUUUCUCUUUUUGUUUUCACCUUCAGUGAUGAUUUUUUUAAUCAGAAAGGGGACAACUACUCCUGCCAGUGUAAAUUUUCUCCCCCCCCCCCUUUUUUGGCACACGUCAAGGUGGGAUGAUCGUUUACCCCUUUUUAAUUGAAAUUCUUUCGUUCAUUGAAGAAAACCAGAAGUUGUGAUGCUGAUUUUAAUAACGUGUAUUAAACUGCAGUAAAAGUCAUUUUGCAGCUGAUUGGAGCAUGUCUGAGGGUGUCUGUGUUAUGUGACUGAAUUUACUUAGUCAUGAGAAGAAUUUCCACACCUGAAGGUCCUUCUGCCAAACCACAUGUUCCUCUUCUUUUUGUGAGGAGAGCGAUGGCUUUAUCACCAUGUUCUUUGUGUCACCAGCACACACUGUUCCUUAAGUGUUAAAAACUGGCCGUUACAAACAGUUUGGCUGUUAUGUAGACAUUCCUACUGCUGUUUAGGUCUGAGGCGGCCUAUCAAAUGCUCUUGAAGAACACGAUUCCAGCUCUGAUUUAGCAACUGGCUCUAACUGUCAUUUGCUCCUGAAGACCAUGAUUAGUUCGGUCAGGUCCACAAUAUGCUGUAAAGCAAAGCUGGGGUUGAAGCAAAAUUCUGCUGGCUGCAUCUUGAGCACAACUGGGCCUCCAUGAUUUAAAAUGGCAUUUUCUGAAGUUCAUCCAGUUUGAGUGACAAUUGAAAGUGUUGGAACCCAACCUGCAUCGUUUUCAGGUGAUUUAGACUUGAGUAUUGAAGGCUUUGUUUUUGUUUCUCUCCAUUAAUUUUUGUACAAGUCCAUUUACUACCAUUAUCUCUGCUCUAGAGCAUUUGUAUACAUUUGAUAAUUGAAAAGAAAAUAAGAUUAAAUUUGAGCCUGGCAUUAAA